GCCGUGUGUGUGUGUGGUGCGCGCUCAGGCUAUUGAACAGUUUCUACCCAAGGAGACACACCUCGGACCGAAGAAGUGAUCCGGACCGGGAGGCGCACUAAUGGUGCUCGAAGCACUUUGUCAUUUUAAAUAAUAGAAGAAGGGGGAAAAAAGUCGCGUCGGGUUCUACUUUGAGAUCCGUGUAAUUCUAGGAGGAGUGUCAUGGCAGAACCGGACUACCUGGACGGAGACUGUGAGGAGCUCAUCAAGCCCAAAAAGCUGAUCAAUCCAGUAAAAAGCUCCCGGAACCAUCAGGACCUACACAGAGAGCUUAUUAUGAACCAGAAAAGGGGUCUUGCUCCUCAGAACAAACCAGAGCUCCAGAAAGUUCUAGAAAACAGAAAGAGGGAGCAAGUUAUCAAGGCCCAGAAGGAGGAGCAGGAGGCUCAUAAGAAACUUAGUGACCUGGAAAUAGAGCUUAUGAAAAGACAACAGAAGCUGGAGCAGCUUGAACUGGAGCAGCAGAAAAUGCAAGAGGAACAGGAAAACACCCCCGAGUUUGUGAAGAUGAAGGGUAACCUGCGCCGGACCAAGCAGGAAGCGGAUGGGGAGGGGCGAGCCACCUAAAAUCCAGCCGGGGGGUUCUGGGUCUGGCUCACUGAGAUGCCAAGGAGUGUGUGUUUUCUGUGGUACCACGAUGGUAACCUGACCAGGAUGAGCCUGUUGGCAUUUCCUUUCCCCAAGUUUUCCUUCCUGCAGCGAGGAGAGAGACUCUAGAGACAAAAGAUUUCCCCCCCAUUCUUUCUCCCUGCAGUGGACCGCCAGCACUCGCACACCACCAUCACCCCAAACCCGCCCAACACAGGAGGCACCUAACAGACAUGUUACACGCUUUUCAUGGGCCAGCAAGCUUCCAUUGAGCUCUAGCGGAGGAAAUAAACCAAACCCAGUCUGUUUUUCACUCUUUUUCUCCUCUUUGCGAGCUGUCGGUUUGAAUUACUGUUAUCAGUGUUGUCAUUGUUGCUUUUGUUUUCAUAUUCACAAUCAUUGAAAAAUCAAAAAAGUGGACACUGGAUGGACUCUUAAAGCUGUGUAAAAUAAAAGCCAAACAAAUGUGCUUUUUGUUAUUUAUGUUGGUAGCUUUUAGCCCAGGUGUAGGGGAAGACCCUUCUAGUCAUUCUGUUUUACUUUGUUUUACAGCAUAGCAUAUACGGCCAGAGAAGGACAAAAGGAGUGGGUGGUUGUGUGAAAAUAUGCUUUUUCAUUUUUAUUCUGUACAUGACAUUUCCUCAGCUAAUGCAAUUUUAAGCAAUAGUAAAACUCCCAGGCAUGAGAGUAAUUUUUCUUUAUAUAUUCUAUUGUUUUGUAUGGAAAAGAAUGUGUUAAUAAAUAA